AUGGAUCCAAGGUGGAAACACCCCUUUCCUGCUAUUGUAGCUGGCCCCACUUGUUGUGGAAAAAGUCAGUUUGUCAAACACUUGUUGGAAUCUGGAGAAGAAUUAAUAGACGGAGCUCCUGAAAAUAUCAUUUGGUGUUAUGGGAUAUACCAACCGGCUUACGAUGAAAUGCUUAAAACUAUUCCGAACAUUACGUUUGUUGAAGGAGUGCCUGGUGAUCUGGAAACCCUAAUUAAUCCCUCUAUGCGGAAUUUAGUCGUCAUUGAUGACUUAAUGCACGAGCUUAGCAAUGAUCAGCGAAUGACUAAUUUGUUUACCAAAGGUUGUCACCAUCGCAAUCUCAGCGUGAUCUUUAUUCUCCAAAACAUGUUUCAUCGUGGAAAAGAACUGAGAGAUAUGAGCUUGAAUUCGCAUUACCUAGUGGUGUUCAAAAGCCCGCGUGAUAGUAGUCAAGUCAAUCAUUUAGCAAGACAAAUGUUUCCCGGUCUUGUCAAAUACAUGCAAGAAGCGUUUGAGGAUGCAACGAAAAGGCCCUAUGGUUAUUUAUUUUGCGAUCUUAAACCGGAAACACCCACCGACUUCCGGCUGCGUAGGAAUAUUUUCCCCGGGGAGACUCAGUACGCUUACGUCAGAAAAGUAUAAAAAGCGUGAACCACAUCACAUUUCUUCAGUUGAGGAUGGCACAGCGACUGAGAAAGAACCACAAUUUUCUGAAGCUGCUUGUCAAGUGUACCCCAGCUCAGCGUAAAGCCAUUUUGAAGGUGGCAGACGACGCUUUAGUAAGAACCAUUUGUGAGUGUGUUUUAAACGUGCUUAAAGGAACAGUACCAGUCAGUAAGCCAGCCAAGAAGAAGCUUUUGCCUCACAAGAAAUCUUUGAUCGCUUUAGCCGAAAAAAGUACACCACUCGAUAAGAAAAAGAAAUUGUUGGUACAACACGGAGGAAAUGUUUUAAGUGUUUUGCUACCUCCCGUUCUCCGUGUGUUAAGUUCGAUUCUUACCUAA